AUGCCGCCGACAAAGCGCCCGCGCCUGGAUCCGGUAUCCUGCCAGCUGUGCCGCUCCAAGAAGCUCCGCUGCAGCCGUCAGAACCCCUGCUCCAACUGUUCUGCCCGCGGGGCCAGGUGCAUCUACGCAGCUGAUCCCCCGCCUCAGUACCGCAGCCCUCAACCAGACGACCCCACGGUCAAUGCCCGGCUCAAACGCCUUGAAGAGGCCGUCGAAGGCCUCAGGAAAAGCGCUCUGCCUCCUUUGACGCCGGCGUCAGUGGAUUCCCCCGCCGCAGCGCUCAACUGGCUCGAAGGCUCGGGCCUCAAGGCCACCAACCAGUAUGUGCGCGCAUCCGACCACACCGGCGCACUGAGCUUCACCGUUGUGCAAAUCGAAGGCUCGAACGAAGCCCUCCCCUCGCACUCGUUCCUCCCAACCCUCUCAGAAACCCUCCGGCUGUUCGCGCACUACAACGAGCAAGUGGGCUACCUGCACCACAUCAUCCACACCGCCACCACCCUGGCCACCAUCCACCAGAUCUACGCCGACCUCCCCGACCGGAUGAACCCCUCCUCAGCCGCCCUCCUCCUCUCCAUGCUCGCCUCGUCCUCGCACUUCUGGGACCCGACCGUCGGCAUCUUCAGCAGCGCGCCGCAAGCCCGCCGCGUCUCGCUGUGCUGGCUGGCCGACGCGCUCAAGACGCUGGACGCGUCGCGCAGCACGAACCCGCCGGGCGUCGCCGACGUGCAGGCCACCAUCAUCGCCUCGUACCUCGCGUACAACACGCAGGGCUACUCGACCCAGUUCCGGCUCCUGCAGACGACCGCCCUCGAGCUGGCCCGCCAGGCGGAGCUGCACAAGACCGACGCCCCGCCCGCGCCCACAACCACCCCGGCCCAGCCCCGCGACGUCAUCGCCGACGAGGUCAAGCGCCGCGUAUGGUGGCACAUUGUCGCGACAGACUGGAUCCUCGCCUUCACCGCCGGCCCCCAAGAAGGGACCUACCUCGUCUCCCCGCACCACAUGCGCGUCUCCCACCCGCUCAACGCCAACGACGACGACACCACCACCUCCUCCUCCUCCUCCCUGUCCUCUUCUUCUUCUUCGUCUUCCUCCCCAUCCCCCGUCUUCACGCCCCGCCCCCUCUCCGGUUCCGCGCCGACGACCAUGUCCUUCGCCCUGCACCGCCUGCGCUUCGCCACCGUCUGCCGCGCUGUGGCCGACGCCGCUACCGCCACUGCUGCUGGAGGAGGAGAAGGGGGAGGAGGAGGAGGUUCGUUUCCGCUCGAUUUGCGCCGCGUGGCGCCGCGGACUGUCAGGAGGCUGGAUGGGUUGUGGGAGGAGUUUUUGGAGGGGUUGCCGGUGGUGUUUGGGGGUCCGGCUGGUGGUGCGGCGGGGGAUGGGGGUGGGGAUGCGGAUGACGAGGGGUUGCGCAGGCGGUUUCCGCGGCUGGAGACGCAGCGGUGUUUGAUUCAGUUGUGUGCGCAUGUGCGGCGGUGUCGGCUGCAUCAGCCGUGGUUGGUGGAGGGGCGGAAGGAGGCGGACGGCGGCUGGGAUCGCGAGAGGGGGGAGCAGGCGGCGUUCUCGCGGCGGGUGUGCCUGCAGUCGGCGAAGAGGGUGGUGGGGGCCGCGAGGCGGUUUGAGAGGGAUGAGGAGGGGAGGUACGGUGGGGGCGAGGGCAGGCUGAGCACCGUCGUGCAUCAUGUGGCCAUGGCGGCGGUGGUGCUGGUUGUGGAUCUGUGUUUCUCGGGCUUGGCUGAGGGGCCGGCGCGGGAGAGGGAGCAGCGAAGGGGGGAGAUUGGGGAAGCGUGUCGGAUGCUGGAGAGGGCUAGGAGGGAGAGCGAGAUGGCGGCGAGGUUUCUGAAGUCGUUGGGCGAGAUGCUGACCAGGCAUGGCAUGGAUCUGCGGCUUUCUGCCGACGAUCGUUCGGUUGAGGCGAGUGAGGCGCAGGAGGCAGACGCGGCUUCUGGUGGCGGUGAUGUCGAGUUUGAAGCAUUGUUGCAGAGUUGUGCGAAUGUGAGCGGGGAACUGGACAUGUCCGGAUGGGAAGAUCUGUUUACGAGCUUCAAUUCUUACCCGCAAUUCAUUGAUCUCGCGGUAUGA